AUUCAUCCAACACUACUCCAAGUUUAAUUUCCCACACCAAACCUCAGCUCCCACCGAUCGGUUCCAUCAACCUAACAAUCCCUCGCUUGUUAGCCCGCGCGCGUGUGUCGUGUGCGCUGCGUGCGUCCCAUGGCUCAGCCUCGCGUGCACCCAAACGCGGCGGCGGCGGCGGGUGACCUGGAGAUGGGCGGCAACGGCGGCGUGUUCCCGCCGCUGCCAGUUCGCGGGCAGCCCGCCUCCGUGAACCAGCAGCAGCUCGGCGGCGGCCCCCACACCUGGGUGGGCAACGACGCCAACACGCUGCUGGUGGUGGCCACGCUGAUCACCACGCUCACCUACCAGCUCGGCACCAGCAUCCCCGGCGGCUACUGGCAGCAGGACACGACGGCGGCGUCGAGGGACGGCAAGGAGCAGGUCACGUACCGCGCCGGCGACCCCAUCAUGCGCGACCUGCACCGGCCAAGGUACUGGGUGUUCAUGGGCGCGAGCUGGGUGGGGUUCGCGAGCUCCAUGAUGAUGACGCUGAGCCUGCUGGUGCGGAUGCCCGUUGACUCGCGCCACGUGCGCUGGUCCUUCGUGGUGGCCUACUCCAGCCUGGUGCUCACCUUCGUGGUGUCGCAGCCCAAGACGCACCUGUCGCUGGACCUCCUCAUCUGGGCCGCCGUCCUCGUCUUCCUCUGGAUCAUCGUCAGCCUCCACCCGGACCGCCGCGCGCGCGUCAUCCAGGAGCUCUGCUGCGGUGGCCGCGAUACCUGAAGCAGAGCAAACCCCGACGUACCACGAAUGAUUAGUUGUUGCUUUUUUUUUUGGUGACGAUGGGGUAAUUGACUGUCUUUUCUCUUAUAGUCAACCAAGAUGUAAACAAAAUCCCACUGAACAAGGUAGCCAGAGCCUAUGUCCUUGAUUGAGCGCUAUAGUAGUCUAUAUUCGUAUCAAGUAGAAUCUAGAUAGGCAGAUGAACACGCUGGCAUGAUUUAGCGUAAUCUUUUCGGCACCCGCCUACAAUUUAAAAAACUAGACUAGAUAUUUCCAAGUCAACGUGUAAGGAAAAAACAAAAAUCAAUGGCCAUUCGCUAG